CCAUGUUGGUGAAGGCGACUGUCUGCGCCCGGAGCUCCGGCACGUUGGCUCUGCGGGCCUAAGCCCGCCAUAUUAAUAAAGAGACAGGGGAGUGGGCCCUCCUCCCACCCCGGUACUGUGCACGCCCCUCUCCCCUCCCCGCGCUCCGCACCGAGCCGGCGGCGCCCGGGUCGCCUGCCUCGCUUGUCGAGCCUUUGACAGAAGCGUAGCGGGCAGCGCCUCCGAAGUGGCGUAGGGUAGCGCCGAAUGAGGGGCCCGGGGAAAUGCCGACCAAUUGCGCCGCGGCGGGCUGUGCUGCUACCUACAACAAGCACAUUAACAUCAGCUUCCACAGGUUUCCUUUGGAUCCUAAAAGAAGAAAAGAAUGGGUUCGCCUGGUUAGGCGCAAAAAUUUUGUGCCAGGAAAACACACUUUUCUUUGCUCAAAACACUUUGAAGCCUCCUGUUUUGAUCUAACAGGACAAACCCGACGACUUAAAAUGGAUGCUGUUCCAACCAUUUUUGAUUUUUGUACCCAUAUAAAGUCUCUGAAACUCAAGUCAAGGGAUCUUCUGAAGCAAAGCAGCAACUCCCCUCCAGCUGGACCGUGUAGUUUAAAGCUGAACAGCAGUCAGCAAGUGCUGCUCGAACACAGCUAUGCCUUUAGGAACCCUAUGGAGGCAAAAAAAAGGAUAAUUAAACUAGAAAAGGAAAUAGCAAGCUUGAAAAGAAAAAUGAAAACUUGCCUGCAAAGAGAACGCAGAGCAACUCGAAGGUGGAUCAAAGCCACGUGCUUUGUGAAGAGCUUAGAAGCAAGUAACAUGCUACCUAAGGGCGUCUCAGAGCAGAUUUUACCAACUGCCUUAAGCAAUCUUCCUCUGGAAGAUUUAAAACUUCUUGAACAAGAUCAGCAAGAUAAAACAGUACCCAUUCUCUAAAUAUAAAAUGGAAGAGACUCUGCACUCAACUUUUCCUCACAUAGAACCCAGUGCCCAUCUCCUGCCACCACCGACCCACCACACUCUGGCAGUUACACUACAAUCAAGUCCUGCAGUUUUACUUGAAGUAGCAGUGUCAGUGUCACUCUCUGGAGACCUGAGGAAGUGGAAACUCCAAUGACAAGCUUGAGAAUGAGUAGAAGUGCCUUACAUGAGGAUUACAUACUUAGGAAACACUGUUAGCGGUUGUUUCUGGUCUUGUUUAUUUAAGCUGCUGUCAAAUAGGAACGACAAAUGAUAUGUUCAUAAAAGUAAAAGCGUUCCACACCAAAGCUGGGAUAUUACAUUCUAAAGAACAUGUGAAGUAGGAGCUAACCACAUUAAAUAUGAGCUUAAAGCUA